UCCCAGUUCUACCCCGCCAGGGUCAAGUGCAGCGUGUGGAGGAAUCCCGAGGAAUUUGAUGAGAAAUCGGGGACACCCUUGGGAAUUCAGACCGGUGGAAAGAUGGCCAGUCCUGUCCCGUCAGCCUGCUGCGUGGUGCUCGCCGCGGUGGUGAUGGUGUACGCUCAGAGGCACAGCCAGUUGGACACCCAUGUCCAGUACGAGCGGCUGGGCGCGGACGUGACCAUGCAGUGCGGGGCAAUGGACUGGGACGCGGCCGUGACCUGGACGGCCAACGGCACCGACAUCGAUGAGUCCCACCUCAACGGGUCACGCCUGGUGCUGCGGAAUGUCGACCUCGCACACAGCGGCCAGUACGCCUGCUAUGAAGGUUCCUCGUGGCACCUCAAAUACCAGACCUACCUGAAAGUGGGAACCUCGCCCAAGGAGCCAGUGCUGAUGUGCCGAUCCAACAACUACCCCAAGGGAUUCUACUGCAGUUGGCACCUACCCAGUCCCACGUACAUCCCCAACGCCUUCAAUAUCACCGUCAUGCAUGGCCCAAGAGAGUUGGUCUGUGAGAAAGACGCUUUCCCCAAAAACAGGUGUCACAUCAGAUAUCUCCAGCUGUUCUCCACGGUGAAGUACAAGGUGACCUUGACAGUCACGAAUGCCCUGGGCAGAAACGCCACCACCAUCACCUUUGACGAGUUCGCCAUAGUAAAGCCGGACCCUCCAGAGAACGUGGUGGCCAAGCCAGUAUCCAACAACCCCCGGAGGCUCGAAGUGAGGUGGCAGAACCCUUCCUCUUGGCCUGACCCCGAGUCCUUCCCGCUCAAAUUCUUCUUGAGGUAUCGCCCCCUCAUCCUUGACCAAUGGCAACAUGUGGAGCUGUCGGACGGGACGUCCCACACCAUCACCGACGCCUACGCCGGCAAGGAGUACAUCAUCCAGGUGGCCGCCAAGGACAACGACAUCGGCACGUGGAGCGACUGGAGCGUCGCUGUGCACGCCACGCCCUGGACGGAGGAGCCCAAGCACCUCACCACGGAAGCCCAGGUGGCAGAGACGACGACCACCGGCACCUCCUCCUUCGUGCCGCCCCCCACCACCAAGAUCUGCGACCUGGAGGCCGUCGUCGGCAGCGGGGCCGUGACUGUGUCCUGGGCAGAGGGAUUGGUACUGGCAGCAGUUGGCGUUCUGUUUAUUUAG